AUGCAGGCACCGCAAAGCAGCAGACAAAAGCGGAAGACCCAACAGGCUAUGACGCUGUUGCGUAGAAAAUCUCAGAGUCUGUUCAGACGCCCAACUCCACAUGCGCCGGACUGGAUCACCGCCGAUAUUGCGCGUAUUUCAGAGGGACCGGAGUAUCGUCGUGGCGGUGGUGAGUCCAAGUUGGGCCUGCAGGCCCAUUAA